AUGGCCUGGGGACUGGAUCAACCUGGAGGAGUGGGUGUCAUUCUGGACUUGACACAGGACCAAAGAGAAAUGAACAUCGGGCUGUACCUGCGGCACGGCAUUCCGGUCUAUUACCCUUGGACCUUAUCUGCAGCCGCCGACAGCACGUUGUGGUGCCUGUCCCCUUCCCACUUGUUAUCAUUGGAUGAUGACCGUGAAGCAUUUUUGGACCCAUCUCCAGACGUCGAUUUCUGUUUCCAACCAUUAUUGCCAGGUAAGAUGGGCUUGGCCAUGGUAGCCUCAAAACUGGCUCCCUUAACCCAUCAGUUAUUUUACUUUGAGGAACAUCUGGCAGGCAAGGGUCAGACACAGACACAUCUUCGCAUCUUCCAUAGAUUUAGCCCACAUGUCUCGCCAUCACCAAAACAUCUUGCUACAGAUGUCUGUGUCCAGGAGAGGUGGAAGUUUGAUCAUGCCCCUCCUCCUGGCCAAUUUUAUAGCAUGGCCACCCGACAGCUGAAGCCUGCCGAGCCCACCACCGCUAUGCCAGCCCCAUCACCAGUGCACCCCUCAUGGGGCCUGAUGAUCCCUCCGAUAUCCCAUAAAGACUCCGGGUGUCAGGGUCCAACCCAGACCAGAGCAGAUGAUCUGGCAUCUACAGAUUCCGAACGAUGUACGAACAACAUUGUUGUUCAGGUAGAUUUAGAGAGUCAUGGUGGCCUUGAUGCACAGAUGCGGAAUGUUGUUCUAAGGCUGCCUGACCAACUUCGUGUACCUCACAACGGUGUUUGUGGUUGA